UUGUCCCCCUGUUACCCGUGUGUGGCCAUUGUGAGGGCUUAAAGCGAUCUUGGGCGCCAUUACUUCUCAUACUUAAACCCGCUCUCCGUGUUCACCCUGAGUUUAUAGGAUUAUGGAAAGUCAUCCGCUUUAAGAUACCCCAACACAAUGGCAUACUACUCUUACGUACAAUUUCCGCCUGACGCCCAAUACGGUGACCCGUAUUGGGCCCGGGAUCAGGACUGUUGUCGGGAUCAAGACAGACCUCGUCGCCGACGCCGCCGGUCUUCGCGCCCUCGUGAAGAGGAUCCCAAAUCCCGUCGAGAUAUCCACCGCGACGACCGUUUCACGGACGCUGGCCGUGCCAGGUCGAGCCCGAGUACGAGCCCCAUUGACGACGAUUUCUACCGACGGGCCCGCAGCCGCACGGAAACAAGGCGGGAUGACAUUGGUAGGGGUAGAAAUUUGAAAGACCACCCUGACGCUCAUUUUAAUGCACGUUUUAAUACUCAUUUUAAUGCUCAUUCUGGUGCCCAUUUCGACGAUGGAAUCGAAUAUGCCUGGGUCCAUGCGGAUCGCGUAAGGACAACCAUGGGUAUCAACGACGAGUAUUUUCCCUGGCCCAUGCCGCCUCAUGAAACAAGAGGGUUUAGCGGUUACGCGACUGGCUACAGCUACUAUUCACCAGACUCUCACACAGGGCCACACCGGCGUGAUCCGCCCCCUACUCGACCGUUUCCGCAUCCCCCGCGGGCUCAGACCCGGCCGGCCGACCCAAGUUACGAUGGCUGGGCACGGCAAGCCAGACCGAAACCCAGGGAGCCCUUCCAUUACGUGUAUGUAGGCACGACGGGCCCGGACGGCGAGGUCAUCGACGGCUACAAGGGUUAUCGGACCGGGCCACCGCAUCGGUAGGCCUAGGCAAUACACGGUAGGGCACGAUAUGCUUCAAACAAAGGUAUAUUCCUUUUUGUACUUCCCAAUAUAUAGUGUGAGCUGGGGUGCUUCAAGUUAAGGGGGGACCCGUUCAUGGAACGUCGAAAGGGUGCAUGGUUUGGGCCGCAACCCCCGUUGGGCCGC